UGUUUGUGUGUGUGUGUGUGUGUGUGUGUGUGCGUAACGCGGUCACACUUUUUCUCAUCUCUUUUCCACGUGCAUUUUUGAACAAGUCGCACGCGUUCUUUUGCAUUUCAGUGAACAUAUUUCGUUAAUAAAAUAAAAAGAAAUGGCACUGAAAAAACUAGGAGCAAAGAAGGCCGCCGGCAACAACAAGCGUGGCCCCAAGGCCAAGCAGGUUGUCGAGGAGAAGCCAGCAGAAGAAGUCGAAUCCAGUGACGCAGAUUCCGAUGCCGACGAAGAACAGAAUGGCGUCAAUUUGGACGAUGGCAGCAGCUCCGAGUCGGAAGGCGCCGCCGCAGACUUGGUGAAUUCAGAAGCUGAGGAGGACGAUGAGGACGACGAUGAUGAUGAUGAUGAUGAAGUGGAGCCAGGCGAGGUUUCAGUGAGCAAAAAUGUUGCCCAGGCAGAGUCGGAAGACGAUGAUGAUGAUAAUGAUCAGGCUGACUCCGAUGAGGAGCCCGCCGAAGCACCCAUCGAAAAGAACGCUAACGAAACGCCAAAAUUAUCCAAAAAGGGCGGCAUUCCAAAGGUGGCUGUUGCACGAAUUCCACAAGAUACGCCCAAGGAGCAAAUUCUGUUCGUCUCCAAUCUGCCCAAUGAAUACAAGCACGUCGAUCUGGUUGCUCUCUUUACCAAAUUCGGUCCCAUUGCCGUGGUUAAUCGCAUCAAGAGUAAGGCUGGCGGCAACAGUGUUUCGAUGGCCUUUGAGUCUGCCAAGGCCGUUGAUGCGGCACUUGCCGCCAAGGAGAAGGCUCUGACCCUCGAUGGGCAGGUGUUGAACGUUGCACGUGCGCACAACAAAGAUGACAUGAAUGCGCGCACAAUUGUCGUGGGCUUGAUUGGACCCAAUGCCACCAAGGAUGACAUUUUGGCUCACUUUAAGAGCUGUGGCGCCAUUGAAGCGGUUACUUUCUCCCACAAUAAGAUAAUGCCCACGGCUUAUGUGCGUUUCGCGGCGGUCAGCUCGAUACCCAAGGCAGUCAAAUUGCACGGCAGCGAUUUCAACUCACGUUUCAUCACAGUACGCGAAGAGGCGUACAAGAGCAAAUCAUUGAAAGCACCAGGACUCACAUUGACGGUGGCAAACACGGGCAACCACGAGACCUACAAAUCGGACACGAUUGAGAAGAUCUUCAAGAAGCACGGUGAAGUCGUCGAUGUCGAUGUCGUCUGCACGCGUGCCAUUUUAUGCUUUGUCACCUACAAAACGGCCGACGAGGCCACGAAGGCGUUCAACAAACUGAAUGGCAAAACUAUUAGCGAACUGGAGAUCAAAUUGGACACUUACCACUACAGUUCCUCCGUGCGCACCAUUCUCGUAACAAACUUGCAUCCCAGUGUCGAUGAGCAGCAGAUAAAUGAUCUGUUCAGUGAAGUCGGUGAGGUGGAGAGCGUUAAGAUGCUGGGCCACAAGGCACUUGUCAGGUUUACCACUGAUGAUGGCUUCUGCAAAUCGUUCCUGCUGAACGAGCGCCUGGUGCAGGGUCAGCCCAUAUUCUUAGAGCCAAACUCCACACUCAAGCACAAGAUUAUGCAAAACAACAAGGGAAAGUAUCAUGCUGGUGGUCCACCAGCUGGAGGCAAAUUCCAGAAGUUCAACAACAGUGGCAACAACAACAACAAGAACUUUACGCAAAGACCGUUCAACAAACGCCCCGCACAGGCAAAUGGCUCCACACCGCAAUCAUUUAAAAAGGCAAAGCGGGCCUAAAUGGCCCAAUGUCUUAGUCCUAAGUUUUUAACAAUUACCCAAUUACCCAGCCCAAUGCAGAUGCAUUGAAUUUAGUCAUAUAAGUGUCUGUGCAAAUAUAUUCAGUUAUGAUUAUUGAAUAUUUUUCGACAUGCAAACCACAAAUUGUAAACAUUUGUCGGCAAACUCGAUUUGCCAACAAUUUCGCAGCCGUUUUUAUGGCAAUGCGUCUCCUCUGCCCAAAUACAACAAUGUAAAAGCUACGAGAAUAAAUUGCUAAUUUCCAACACGUA